AUGCUAUCACGGUUGAGUGUGCGGACAUGCUCGAGAAUAGCGCAAGUGUCUCUGCAGUUUCCCAGCCAGAUAAGAAUGAUGGCAGGGUAUUCUAAAUCAAAAGCACAGCUCAACACAGGUGCAGAGAUACCAUUAAUAGGGUUUGGGACAUGGCAGGACAAGGAAAAGCAAUCUGACGCGGUGUUGGAAUGCUUGACAAGUGGAUAUCGGCAUAUCGACACAGCGAGGGUUUAUGGUACGGAGCCGGCAGUUGCAGAGGGCAUUAAGAAGAGCAGCGUUCCUCGAGGAGACAUUUUCGUCACCACUAAAUUAUGGAACAAUUCGCAUCACCCAGAGGACGUCGAAAAGGCGUGCGAUGCAUCCUUGAAAGACCUUGGGACCGAUUAUCUGGAUCUAUACUUGAUGCACUGGCCAAGUCCCUUUGCUAGAGGUGACAAGUUGCGGCCGAAGAACGGUGACCAAAUUGCCCCCGGCGAUUCCGAUUACGUCGAUACAUACAAAGCCAUGGAGAAACUCCUCGAGAAGGGUAAAGUCAAGGCGAUCGGCAUCAGCAAUUUCUCAAAAUCCGAAUUAGAGCGAUUGCUGAAAGAGACUUCGGUUGUACCGGCGGUUCAUCAGCUUGAACUGCACCCAUACCUCGCUCAGCACGAGUUUGACCAGUUCCAUAAAAGCAAGGGGAUCCAUAUUACGCAGUAUUCGCCCUUUGGCAACUCCAAUCCGAUUUACGACAAGGGCAAGGAUAUCAGCAAAUUGAUCGAUGACCCGGUUCUCGUUGACAUUGGGAAAAAGUACAGCAAAAACGGCGCCCAAGUGGCAUUGGCAUGGGGCAUCGCGAAAGGCCGCAGCGUGAUUCCCAAGUCGAAGACACCAUCCCGGAUCAAAGCAAACUUCGAAGGAGAUUUCAAGCUUGAUGCAGAAGAUGUGAAGAAGAUCGACGCUCUCGACAAGAAACUCCGAUUCAACGAUCCCUCAGAGUCGUUCGGUUGGAACUUCUAUGCAGAUCUCGAUGGCAAGGUUAAUUGA